AUGCCCUUAAUCCAAGCUACUUUAUCGUUUGUUGUGGAACUACGAGAUUUUCAUAAUAUUGAUCUCUACCAUCGUGGCUAUUACCAAGUUCGUACUCACUUAAAAACAGGUGUGCAAACCGCAGGGACUACUGGAUCUAACAAUGGUAAAUCAAUGGCCUUUGUUGAACCGCCAUCCCGUUGGGAACGAGCUAGUACACGACUCAAAGUGCCAGAAGCUGUAAAAGCCAGUUAUAUCGAGCCGAGUGUUUCUGUUCCAGCUUACACACCAGACAAAGCAUGUAGCAAAACAUUGUUGAUCAUGUAUCGAGAUGAAUCGGCAAGGUUAUGUGAUGUGUUUGAACAGAGGGUAUUGGUUCAAGUUGAUCCGAUCAAUUUAGAGGAGUCUUUAGUAAAAAACGAUCUUUUCCUAUGCGUUGAGCUAUGGUUUGUCGAGGACCCACUUGACAGACCCUUUGCUCCUGAAUUUCUGACUAAGGUAUGUGAGCGUCAACUACGUAUUCAUUUAACACCAUCUCGUGGACUUCACUAUCAUUUCACCGUAUUCUUCGAUUAUUUUCAUUUAUGUGCUAUUGAAUUAGCACUUUAUGGAGCAUUAACAAACAUCACUUCAAGUAUUAUUAGUUGGCCAAAAUUUUCACCACAUAAUACACCAUUACAAACAAACAACCAAAUAAUUAGUUUAGCUCAACAAACAUGGCAUGGUAUCAUUUGCAGUAUCAAACAGCCUAACAGACGUCAUUUUGCACUUGCUAUUCACCGACAUCUCUGUCAAAUAUUAUUAGCGGCAAGAGAAUCCAUGUUAUUAUUUUGGCGUGAAAGUCUUCCGUAUUUACCUUCAAAUAUGAGACCACGUAUUGAACCUGUUGACUUUCAAAGUAAAUUGGAUUCAUUUAUACAAAUAGCUCAAAGCCUAGAAACAGAUGAUGAUUUAGCGAAUCAAAUUUCAUUUGAUAUUGCUCGUCUCUCGUCUCAAAAUACUGUUCUAUUUAAACAACUAUGUAAAUCUGUCACCUUACAAUCCAAGUUGGCUGCUUUUUUACGUCGAAGGUUUCAUCAAUUCGUGUAA